AUAUAAAGCUUCAAAUUACCAACAAAGCUUUCUGCAGGAGCACUCUUCCCAGCAGCUUGCAAUCACUAUUAAUCAAAGCAGCUUUGAGUUGUCUUAAUUAGCUGCAGAAUAUGUCUCUCCCUGUAUCCUCCGUUGCUCUCUCACAAAAUGGAGAAUCAUCAGAUGCCAUUCGCCGGACUGCAAAUUUUAAACCAAGCAUUUGGGGUGACCGUUUCAUCAAUAACAAUAUUCCCGAAGACCAGGUUAUUCAUGUUUCUAAAGUACGCGAAGUCGAAGAACUGAUAGCAGAAGUGCGACGGGAGUUGUUAGCCUCUGCAGAUCAACCUUCCAAGCAGCUGAACAUCAUUGAUGUACUUCAGCGCUUAGGGGUGGCGUACCAUUUCGAAAGGCACAUCGGAGAAGCACUAGAACGUAUUUAUGCUUCCUCGGGUGCCAUUCAUGAUGACAAUGAUCUUUACAAUGUUUCCCUUCAUUUUCGACUACUACGUCAACAAGGAUUUCGUGUUUCAUGUGAUGUGUUUAACAAGUUCAAAGAUGAAAAGGGUCAAUUCAAAGCAAGCUUGAGCGCCAACAUUCCAGGCUUGCUAGCCUUUUAUGAAGCCACACAUCUUAGGGUGCAUGGAGAAGAGAUCCUUGACGAGGCUCUUAGUUUCACCACCACUCAACUGGAGUCAGUGAAAUCCAAUUUGAGGAAUCCUUUAGCAGCACAGGUAACUCAUGCACUAAACCAAUCCCUGCACAAGGGCAUUCCAAGGCUAGAGUCCAGGGUUUUCAUUACGCUCUACCAAGAAGACACCUCCCAUAACAAAGCUUUUCUAAAGCUUUCGAUAUUAGAUUUCAAUCUUGUGCAGUCAUUGCACAAGCAGGAACUUGGUUAUAUCGCCAGGUGGUGGAAAGAUUUAGACUUUGCAACGAAAUUACCUUUUGCAAGAGACAGGGUUGUGGAGUGCUUCUUUUGGAUUGUGGCAGUUUAUUUUGAGCCCCAGUACUCGCUUGCAAGAAAAAUACUAACCAAAGUUAUUUCCAUGACAUCCAUCAUAGAUGAUAUCUAUGAUGCAUAUGGCACACUGGAGAUCGUGAUCUUUACAGAAGCAAUUGAAAGGUGGGAUAUUAGGAGUAUGAAUACGUUACCAAAAUACAUGCAAAUAUGUUAUAAGGCACUCUUGGACGUUUUCGAAGAAAUUGAGCAGGAGCUGGCAAAACAAGGAAGAUCCUACCUUGUUUCUCACGCAAAAGAAGCCAUGAAAAUUAUGGUCCGGGCAUAUUUCGAUGAAGCCAAAUCUUUUCAUGCAAAACACAUCCCAUCGCUGGAGGAAUAUAUGCGAGUCGGACUGGUAACCUCUGGCUAUCCCAUGCUCACAAUCAUGUCAUUUCUUGGCAUGGGUGAGAUAGUUACCGAGGAGACCUUUGUGUGGGCGUUUAGCGACCCCAAAAUUAUUACAGCUUCGUCAGUAAUUGGUAGGCUCUCGGAUGACAUCAAAUCGCAUAAGUUUGAACAAGAGAGAGGGCAUGCUGCCUCGGCCGUUGAAUGCUACAUGAAGAAGUAUGGUGUCUCAGAAGAAGUGGCAUAUGAUGAACUCCGCAGGCAAGUUUCUGAUGCAUGGAAGGAUGUCAAUGAGAAUUGUAUGAGGCCUACUGCUGUACCAAUGGCUAUCCUUAUGCGUCUUCUCAACCUUUCACGAGCAAUAGAUGUCAUAUAUAAGGAGGAAGACGGAUACACCCUUGUGGGAAAAGAGAUGAAAGCUAAGAUCGAGUCACUCCUCGUAUAUCCAGUGCCAAUAUGAGUAUUGCUAGUUGUAUUGGGGUGCUCUAAAGCUAAGUUGAUCUUGCAAUACUACUGUAUAAUAAUAAAUGAAAAUGAAUGACAAAGAGAUAAAUAAAUAUAUAGAUCA